AUGAGCCGAAAAAUGGCUCACCAGAAUGAAUCUUUUGUUCCUACAACAACUUUUCAAAGAAUAAUUAGUAAAAAUUAUGCGAUGAAAGCGGAUAAAAAGCAAAAUGUGAAAGAAUCAAAUGUUACCAAUAACUAUUUGAAAACAAUUAUUAAGCUUCUGAUCGUUUUAUUAUUCCCAGCGGCUCUUCUUUUUGGCUUAUCUUUUUUAUCAAUCGAGAAAGUUGAUAAUAAAGCAAUUCCUGGAAAAAUUUUCAAUGAAACAGAAUGCUCUCAAAUGUGCAGGAUCAGACUUGUGCAAAGUACUCCUGAUAACUUAACUUUUACAACAGUUAUUCGUUCACAUUCAACUUAUAAUGCAUGGCAUUCACUGAUAAAGAAUUCAAAGAAAGAAUUAAUUCUUGCAGCAUACAAAACAAGUCUUCGCGGCGAGCAUGUUUUGAGCUAUGAUUAUUGUCGACUGCAUUCUGAUCAAGGCAGAAAAAUUCAUGAUGCUCUAGUAGAAGCAGGGUUGAAAAGAAAUGUUCGCAUACGAUUGAUCGAAAAUUACCCUCCAAAAGAUAAGGGUGACAACGAGGAUGGCAUCAACCUGGCUAAAGCAGGUGUUAUUAGCAGGCGCAGUUUAAAUCUUGAACAUCCGCAUGGUGGUGGUAGAAUGCAUACAAAAUUUAUCAUUAGCGAUUCUGAGCACUUCUAUCUCGGAUCAGCAAAUCUCGAUUGGCGGUCACUUAAUCAAAAACUUGAACUGGGAGUUGUUGUUGAAAAUUGUUUAUGUCUGGCGAAUGAUUUAUCAAAUAUAUUCGAAAAAUAUUGGGAAAUUGCUAACAACAAAUAUAGAAGCAGCAAUCUUGAAAAUUUGACAAACUAUCCAGAAAUUAAUCAGCAAACUGUAACUUACAAUCAGCAGCGACCACUUUCAAUUUCUAAUAAACAUGCUCUUGUUGAUGUUUAUAUAGCGGCAUCACCACGUUCACUGAACGAUCCCAGAAGAGAUUGGGAUCUUCUCGCAAUACUGGAUGCUGUUGAGAAGGCAAAAAAAUUUUUAUACAUUGAAGUAAUGGACUAUUUUCCGAUGUUUAUUUAUAAUCUACCAAAAAGAUACUGGCCGAUCAUUGAUAAUUCCAUUCGAAGAGCAAUAUUACGAGAUGUGGAAGUCAAAAUUCUUACUGCAGCGAUACAUUUCCCCGAAUAUAGUCUAAGAUUUCUUAGUUCAUUAGAAGCACUGAACAGAAUUAAUAAUAGCAGCAUAGAAGUGAAAAUUUUUAAAGUUCCAACUGAUAUUGACAUGCAGCACAUUAUGAUACGCGAACGACGAAUGCACACGAAAUUCCUUGUUACAGAUACUGUUGGUGUCAUAGGAACAUCAAACUGGUCUGGAGAUUAUUUUGAUGGAGAUACAACGGGAGUUGCAUUUAUUUUAAAUCAAACUAAGGUACCAUUGGAAAAACGCCAUUUCAUACAAGAUUUGCGACAUACAUUUCUAUCUCACUGGUCAUCGGAUUACACGCAUAAUAUUCUAGACUAUGAACGAGAAUGUUUACAAACCAAGACCGGAAGUUACUGUGAAAUGGAAAAAGAUCCUUCACUUCUAACUGUAUAA